AUGGGUCUUUACAAGGCGAUCGCUGAGUGCUUCGGCCAUUCCUCCACCUUCGACGAGAGUAAUCCUGCAUUCACCUCAACAAACGAAAAAGCAAUCCCUGUUAUCACUCCUACAACAGAAGUUCAGACUGCUGAAGCACUUAUCUCUGCAAUUUCUGUGGCCGAGAAGCUGGGCAGGAAUCUAGAAAUUACAUUGCAAAAUAUUGUCGAGGACAACGGCUUUGUACACAGCAACGGUCUCUGGUACGAAGGAAUCGCGAAAAUUCUACUCGGGUAUUUCGAAACAUUGGUCAGAGAAGGACAAGAUGCAAAGUUCACUGGAGCUGUCAAGGAAGCGUUUGAGAAAGCAAACGAUGUUGUAAGGGAAUUCGUGGAUGACCAUCCAAUUCUUACAGCUGUUGUCGUCACCCUUGUUGUGCUUGGCCUGCUUAUGUAUGCUGCACCUUGGGCAGUUAGAGCUCUAGGAUUUACUUUGCAAGGCCCUCUUGAAGGUGAGUAA